AUGAAUAAAUUUUUUGAUUUAAAAGAAAUCAAUCCUUAUGUUUGUAGAGAAGAUAGUCGUCUAAUCGUUAGUAUAGAUAACGGAGACUUUUCAUGGGAUAAGACUACAGACAAUACAAGUUUUAGUUUAAAACAUAUUAAUCUAAAGAUCAGUGACGGUAUGUUUGUGGCUAUAAUUGGAAAUGUUGGUUCCGGUAAAAGUUCGCUAUUAUCGGCACUGUUGGGUGAAAUGGAGAUUAUGUCUGGAAAUGUUAAUAUAAGGAAAGGUGCACGAAUUGCUUAUGUAUCACAACAGGCUUGGAUUCAAAAUAUGACACUUAAAAAUAAUAUUUUAUUUGGCAAAAAGUUUAAACCAAAAUUAUAUGAAAAAGUAUUACAUGACUGUGCACUUAUUAAAGAUUUACAAUUGUUUCCCGGAGGAGAUGAGACAGAAAUCGGUGAAAAUGGUGUUAAUCUAAGCGGUGGUCAAAAACAAAGAGUCAAUUUAGCCCGAGCUGUGUAUUCCGGAUCAGAUAUCUAUAUUAUGGACGAUCCAUUGUCUGCAGUGGACAGUCAUGUGGGACAACAUAUAAUGACUAAUAUUUUUGACUCAAAAUCCGGUAUUUUGCGAAACAAAACCCGUAUUUUAGUGACAAAUCAAUUGUUUGUUUUGCCAAAUGUUGAUCUAAUUGUUAUCUUAAAAGACGGUAAAAUUAGUUCAAUGGGUGCUUACAAUCAAUUGCUUAAUAACGACAAUGAUUUCGCUGAACUUAUUAAACAAUAUACAACUGUAGACACAAUCAAUAAUGAAGAAAACGAUAAUAAUAUUUUAUUGAUAAUUAUGAAAUUUUUGGCCCUAAACACAAUCAGACAGUUUGGUUUACGCGCCUCAAAACAAUUGCACAAAACUCUUCUUUCGACUAUAUUGUCGGCACCGAUGAGUUUCUUUGACACCCAACCUAUCGGUCGUAUACUCAAUAGAUUUAGUCGUGAUUUUGAUGUAAUGGAUUUUUUCUUAAUAUUGUCCAUUAGGUAUAAUUAA